UAAUGACAGGAUUGAAGGUUGAGUGGUAUGGUUAGACUCAUGUCUUCUCCACUAGACUACAGUGCCUCAUGCAGAUUGCUUUAGAUCUCUGUUUAGAGAAUUGAGGUAUGUUCCCAGAGGAGAGGACUCUACCCACAGAUCUUUCCCUCCCAUACAGAAGAGGUCCACAAACAUGUCUGUGGCAACAUCCUCCCAGAUUCCAGAAGGCACUCAACAAUAUGGAUAUCUACUUAGGGCAGUGAGCAGGCUAAAGAAGAGCUGAGUAGGAGAAAAUGAGUUCAGCGGGGAAGAGAAGAGGAAGGCCGAAUAGAGGCGGAGGACGAGGACGAGGCAGAAGUGGAGGAGGAGGAGGAAGAGACAGAGGACAAUGUAACAAAUCUCAUGCUGGUGGAAAUAAGAAAGGGUCAAGCAAAACUUGGGAUGAUGGGGAUGACUUUUGCUGCUUUGAGGAGCUGCCAGUUGCAUCCAGAUCAAGCUGCGUUAUGAGAAGAGGAGGGCAAACCAAACAGAGACCUGAAACGAGGAUGCCUCUGCAGACCAUACAUAUGACAUCUGAGAAUCAGCAAAGGGUGAAAGAACUCCUCCGAGAACUGCAGGGACAAGUGUUGUCUGCUGGUUUCGAAAUGGCUGCAUCAGGUGAAGAUGACGAUGAUGAACCUGAUUAUUCUGAUGACAUGCAGUGCUGGUCAGCAGAUGAAGAGAUUUCUGAAGUAACUACAAGGGUGGUUUCUGAACCAGAUGAACACAAAAUGGUGGAAAGUGAGGUGUCUUCAUUUGCUGUGCAUAAACUUUCCAGGUAUGGCUUUGAUAAUGAGCGCUGUCGGACAAUUCUAAGAUCCUGCAAUGGUAACAUUGGGGCAUCCCUGGAACACUUGCUGUUGCAGUGCUUUUCAGAAAAAUACGGAGAGAGGAUGCAAAUCUCAGAAGCAGCUGUUCAGGCCAGUAUAGAAGAAUGCUUGGAACAAAGGCAAGAAGAGGCUUUUGCUCUCCAUUCAAUCUAUGGAGAAAACUUUGUAGAAAGAAUUAAAAACAGAGUUUGGACAUUUGGAUUGGAACUGGAGCACCUAACAAAUAAAGUCAGCAAAUCCAAACAAAGGGAUAGUGCUGCCAAAGAUGUGGAAAAACAGACUUUAAAUAAAGUCUGUAAAUUUUACCUUCAAGGGGGGUGCAAGUUUGGCUCAAGAUGCAAAUUCCAACAUGAGACUCCUCCAAAGCACCUGCCAAGAACGUUACAGAAUUCUGUGGAUGAUGCUCACCUCAGAUCUAAUGGCGAUACCUCUCCUUUGUACGAACUUGAAAUCAGAUUUCCUGAGGAUAACAAAUACCCGUAUCAGGCACCCAUUGUGGCAUUUUAUUCCACCAAUGAGAAUCUACCUCUGGCUUAUCGUUUACACAUUGCUGAAUUCCUCUAUGGAAAGGCCUUGAUGUCUGCAGAGGCUAAUGAACCAGUUGUGUAUUCUUUAAUAACCUGUUUAGAGGAUGAAUCAGAAAUAACUGAGUUACUUACUAAUACUUACCACAAGUAUAGUGUCCCUCCUAUGUCCCUGCUGGCCAUGCCCUCAACAAGAACCCAUACAGACAGUCAUAAACAAGCAUUUCCAGAUAGUUCACUUGUUUCAAAUCGCAUGUCAGAAGUAACAGAAGAGUCUGAGCCUGAGAAUGAUGAAGAUGAGGAGGAAGAGGAGCCUGAAACAGUUAUUGUGGAGAAUGAGAGUUAUGUGAACCUCAAGAAGAAGCUUUCCAGAAAAUAUGACAUGCAGGCAAAGUCUGUGUAUAAUGAAAAUGUUAAAAUCUGCAAGCAAUUCCAAAUAAAGCAGUCUUCUAGGCAUUUCCAGUCCAUGUUGCAAGACAGACAGAAUCUCCCUGCGUGGGAAGAAAGAGAAACCAUUCUUGAUUUGCUGACUAAGCAUCAGGUGCUUGUUGUGAGUGGCAUGACUGGAUGUGGGAAAACCACUCAGAUUCCUCAGUUUAUUUUGGAUGCUUCACUGAGGGGUCCUCCAAAUAGGGUAGCCAAUAUCGUAUGCACUCAGCCUCGCAGGAUCUCUGCCAUUUCUGUAGCUGAACGCGUAGCCAAGGAGAGAACAGAAAGAGUUGGGAUUACUGUGGGAUACCAGAUCCGCUUAGAAAGUGUAAAGUCACUAGCUACCAGAUUGUUGUACUGCACUACUGGAGUGCUGCUGAGAAGAUUAGAAGGAGACAUGACUUUACAGGGAAUCACCCAUGUUAUUGUUGAUGAAGUUCAUGAAAGAACAGAAGAGAGUGACUUCUUGCUGCUGGUUUUGAAGGAUAUUAUGUUUCAGAGGCCAGACCUGCGUAUUAUACUAAUGAGUGCCACCUUGAAUGCAGAGCUUUUCUCUCAGUACUUUAACUCCUGUCCAGUUAUUAACAUACCAGGUCGGACAUUUCCUGUGGAUCAGUUUUUUCUGGAAGAUGUAAUUGCAGUGACAAGGUAUGUCUUAGAGGAUGGUAGUCCGUACAUGAACAACACGAAGCGAGGUCCAGAAGAGAAACUUAAAGCAAGACGCAAGAGAACGGCAUUAGAAGAAGUAGAGGAAGAUCUAAGAUGUGCUCACCUCCUAGAGGAUAACACUACUGUCAAGGAUUCAGUCCCAGACCAGCAAUUAACAUUUAAACAGCUCCUGAUACGAUACAAAGGGGUUAGUAAAUCAGUGCUAAAAACGAUGGCUGCCAUGGAUUUAGACAAAGUUAAUCUGGAAUUAAUAGAGUCCCUGCUGGAGUGGAUAGUCGGUGGGAAACACUCAUACCCACCAGGUGCUGUACUGAUAUUUUUGCCUGGUCUAGCAGAAAUUAAGAUGCUUUAUGAACAGCUACAGUCUAAUGCCCUUUUCAAUAAUAGACACAGUAAACGCUGUGUUGUUUAUCCACUCCAUUCCUCACUGUCCAGUGAAGACCAGCAGUCUGUGUUCCUGAAGCCUCCUGUAGGAGUUACCAAGAUCAUCAUAUCUACGAACAUUGCAGAAACAUCCAUCACCAUUGACGAUGUGGUCUUUGUGAUUGAUUCUGGGAAAAUGAAAGAGAAAAGAUACGACCCCAGCAAAGGAAUGGAAAGUCUGGAAGACACGUUUGUGUCCAAAGCCAAUGCGUUGCAAAGAAAAGGGCGGGCAGGGCGCGUAGCCUCUGGAGUCUGCUUUCAUCUUUUCAGUAGCCAUCAUUACAAUCACCAGCUUAUAAAGCAGCAUUUACCCGAAAUACAAAGAGUGCCUUUGGAACAGCUCUGUCUCAGAAUUAAGAUUUUGGAUAUGUUUUCUGCACAUGGCCUUCAAUCUGUCUUAUCCCGCCUGAUUGAGCCACCAAGAAUUGAAUCUCUGCGUGCAUCGAAACUGAGACUGCAGGACUUGGGCGCUUUAACUCCAGAUGAAAAACUCACCCCCUUGGGGUAUCACUUGGCCUCCUUGCCUGUCGAUGUGCGGAUUGGAAAACUAAUGCUGUUUGGCACCAUUUUCCGUUGUCUGGAUCCUGCACUAACUAUAGCAGCAAGUCUGGCCUUUAAGUCCCCUUUUGUGUCUCCAUGGGAUAAAAGGGAGGAAGCGAACAAAAAAAAGCUGGAAUUUGCAAUAGGAAACAGUGAUUACCUGGCUCUUCUCCAGGCUUAUAAGGGAUGGCGCUUAAGUACCAAAGAGAGUUCUCGUGCAAGCUACAGCUAUUGCAGGGAAAACUUCUUAUCAGGAAGAGUUCUUCAAGAAAUGGCGAGCCUAAAAAGGCAAUUCACAGAACUGCUAUCUGAUAUUGGAUUUGUGAAGGAGGGGUUAAGAGCCAGGGACAUGGAGAAGAGGUGGUCUCGAGGAGAUGGUGUUUUGGAUGCUACAGGAGAAGAGGCAAACUCUAAUGCUGAGAACAUCAAGUUGAUAUCAGCAAUAUUAUGUGCUGCUCUGUAUCCCAGUGUUGUCCAGGUGAAAACCCCAGAGGGGAAAUACCAGUAUACCAGUGCAGGAGCAGUUAAAUUACACCCAAAGGCAGAGGAGUUGAAGUUCAUUACAAAAAAUGACGGUUAUGUUCACAUUCAUCCUUCCUCAGUGAAUUAUCAAACCAGGCACUUUGACAGCCCCUACUUGGUGUACCACGAGAAGAUCAAAACCAGCCGUGUGUUCAUCCGGGACUGCAGUAUGGUGUCGGUGUACCCGCUGGUCUUGUUUGGAGGAGGGCAGGUCCACGUGCAGCUGCAACGGGGGGAGUUUGUCAUUUCGCUUGAUGACGGAUGGAUUAGAUUCGCAGCAGCCUCCCACCAGGUGGCAGAGUUGGUGAAAGAACUCCGCUGUGAACUAGACCAGUUACUCCAGGAUAAGAUCAAGAAUCCCAGCAUGGAUUUAUGCACGUGCCCGCGAGGAUCCCGUAUCAUUAGCAUGAUUGUAAAGCUUGUGACCACCCAGUAAUCUGAGAAGCACUUUUAUAAAGACCCACUGCUAACUGUUGCUCGGAAAUGGAUUCUGGGCCCGCAAUGUUUUUGUAUUGUCAGAGUGUGGCACUGAUCCUGAUAGCGCUAAAUUGGUAAAUGGGCCGCUUUUUAGCUUUUGGAAAAUAGUCAAAGAAAUAAACCUGAGCAAAAUGGCUUCUGCCGAAAAUGAAAGGGCUCACGGAACAAACUAAGGAAUGGGAAGUUGGCAAUUCUCGUGAUAGUAAUAGAAAACUCCAAAUCAGAGAAGGAAAGCGUAGAAUUUGUUUUUUAAAAAAAAAAAAAAAAAAAAAGAAUUCUGUUCAGUGCUGGAGUAUGUUUUCUGUAGUCUGUUUUUGUCAGUGUUCUGUUUUUUCCGGUACAGCACUUUUAACUGACUUUUGUUAGGAAGAUCAAGGAAUCACGUUGCAGCUUGCCCUUGGAGCAAUAUAAUUAGAGAGAGAGAGAGCACGCGCUACCUGGUCAGGCUGCCCAGAACUUUUCUACAAUCAGUAUAAACUACAUGGCCAAGAAUUCCACCUUCACCAGCUGUUCAGUCUAACAUCGGCACUUAUCAAUCAUUUUAGGGUACAGCAGCUGUUAAAGGAGCUCAGUUUAAGGACUAGUACGUGAGUUGGUCAUUAAACUAGUUGAUUGUCUUUAAAACUAAGUGUGUUGGUCCCUCAUCAGUGUGCAAAAGCUGGUCUGCCCCUAGUUAUUCACUGAUCUGAAUGUUUGUGUUUGUUUGAACCUGGCUCUGUCCAAUCCCACUACAAUUUCGUAUCCUUUCCUGGAGUGGUGGUGUUGCAACACGAUUUUUAUAGGGCAGUGGUGCUCAAACUUUUCCUGUCCCGUCCCGUCCCGUCACAUCCCCUCCCCCCCCGUACCAGUCAUGGAAUUUGUCUCCCCCUCUUAUCCCCCCCAUCCGUUACUGCGCAGCCAAGGCUUCCUCAGCUGAGAAGCUUGAGCUGAAGGUGGAGCUGGGGGCAGAACUGGGGAUGGGGAAGGAGUUGGGGCUAGAGGCAGAGCUGGCCUGGAGGCGGAGAGGGAAUGAGGGUGGAGCCAGGCUGGGGCUGGAGCAGGGGCUGGAGUGGACUGUGAGUGGGGGUGGAGCUGGGCUGCGGCUGGGGGCAGAGCGGGGCUAGGUGGUGCUCCCUCCCCACGCAUGGAGGCAGGCCCGGGCCCCGCUGCGCACCCCCCUGAACAUUCCUCUGCACCUCCGUAGUGGGGCGUGCCCCACAGUUUGGGGACCACUGUUCUAGGGUGUCUGCUCAAGGAGCUGGGACUUGCACACACAUGGCUGCAUCCAAAGCCCGCUGAAGUCAGAGGAGCCUUUCCAUUCACUUUAGUGGGCUUUGGACCAAGCCCACAAUUCCCCAUCCAGCCAGGAGAGAGAUGGGACCUUUAUAUCUUAAAUUGAUUUCAAUAAAUGACUGUUGUGUUAAAGACUGUUUCCUGCUAUCAUCCCUUAUUAAAUCUCUAAAGGCGGCGGGCUCUUCCUUCUGAACAGCUGCUUGGCUGGCCGCCCAAAAUACACCAGCUUUCUAAGGGCAAAGCUGCUUAAAUACAUUCACACCCCUCUCUUCCCAGAGGGGCUGGAGUAUUUCCUCCAUGGGUUUCACUGACAUUGAUUACCACCCAAAGGUGCAUCAAUGUGAAUGUGAAACUCUGCUACUUACCAGGAAAUCGCCCUGCUCAUGUGCACUGGAGACCAACUGAAAAGAAGUCACAUGUUUCAAAGUUGUAGAAGCUUUCUAGCCAAACCCUCGUGCGGAGGGACCGGGCAAUGGAGCCAGGGACCUGGAGCACUUGGGAUUGAUCAUGAAAUAUGGAGCCUUCCCCUCUGCAGUGCUUACUUUAAGUCGAACAAAAAUUUUUCUAGCAAUGGCUGUUCAGUGCCCCAUGAGAAAUACCUAGUGGUUGCCAUCCGUUUCUUUGUCAAUAGGAAGCCAUGUAACAAAUCUCAUUUGGCACCAUCAAUAGAGAGAAUGAAUUCCCCUCAUGUCUGGAACUGGUCCUUUUGCAAGAGGGGCGAGGAAGAUGGUUGAGCAGGAUGGGGAGGCUGGCGCUGGCACUGCCACUUUGGUUCGUGUCCUGUGGUUAAACAGGACUUCAUGUGUCAGACUGCUCUUUAGACACAUUGAAAAGUCACAGAACAUCCAACCUGGAGAGGAGAAAACAGAGCUGAGGACCAGUGCCCUGAUGGAGUUCUUGCCCGGGGGUGGAAUACUGCUAGAGAGACAUGUGACCACUAAAAACGGUUCAGUGUGGCUUUAAGCAGAAGCUGAGAUACGGUUUGACACAAUCCGAUUUUACUCUUGUUCUGGAUUGGACUCGAAACAAGGACUUCGUUUUUAAACAUCGGCGUUUGGCGCUCAGUGUCCCUGUGACGUAGACGACAGCUGGGAAGCCUCAGGGGCAUUGUGUGUUAAAGCGUUUCCCUACCAUGGAAGGAUCCUUUGUGCGAUUACAAGUGAAAGCAUCGUGGCCUUCGCCUGCUGCUUGAGGACCAUUUGGACGGAAGCACUGCAUGGAUUGGCGCAGUGGCUAGUUACUUCCCAGGGGAGAUGCCGGUCAGAGCUGGGGUGCACAAUUAGCUGGGGCACAUUCCUGAUGGGUGCUGGCUACUGCUAGCAGCCCUCCAUGUGUUCACUAAACUGGCCUGAUUCCUCAACAAGGGAAUUGUGCAAAUUGCCUCUGUUUAAAGCAGUGAAUCAGUCAGCCCUGAAGGCAGGAGGAGGACAACAGCCUGCUUCGGAAAGCACACACGUCCCACUGCGAAGGGAUCUGUCAGAAGGGGCAGAAAACCAUGCUCCGCAAAAGGAAGGGCACACCUGGGCAAAGGGAGGGGAGCCCGCACCAGUCAGAGCAAUCACAGGAGAGGGUUUUGUUUGUUUUAAACCUGCUGCCUAUUAAUGUCAUUGGGUGACCCCUAGUUCUUGUGUUCUGUGGAGUAAAUAACACUUCCUCAUUUACUUUCUCCACCCCAGUCAUGACAAAUAGAUUCAGACCUCUGGCCCUUCAGUUAUUGGCUGAGAGCCUGGCCAUCCCAGCACUGAUCUUUGAAGGAGUGCCAUGACAAAGGCCGUGAAGAUGCUUGCUGUUUCUAAAAUAAACAAGCUUUUUGGGUUAGGGAGGAGAGAGGGUUUUUGGCUUUUUUCUACGUCGGGGGAAAAGGGCACCAACCAUUUUAUCCUCUUUGCAGGUCACCUUUCAGAAUUCUAUGCGAGCACUGUCACAGUUAAGCUGCAGUCAUUACCCUUUGCUAUUAUUUGACUAAGUCAGUUUCCUGGGAGAUGUCCCACUAAAGAAGAUGCCUGAUUUAGCCUGGCCCCAUUAAGGGUACUGGGACAGCUUACAUUUCCACAGCCCCUUUCAGACCAAAGUGCUUUACAGAUGCUACAGAGACAAGACCACGGCAUUGCAGGCACCCGGAGGGGGAGAGCGGUCACCAGCGGGCACAGGAAACACACAGCGCUGGUGAGUGCCGGGCAGUGUUUGUCAAUGCCAAUGAAGCAGCAGUACCUUGCCCUUCCAAACACGUUCUGGGCUCUGAGGGCUCACACCGAGUGGACGGUCCCCAUCGUUCAUUCUUGACUGAAAAAAAUCACAAAGUAAAAUGUAUGGAACUGAAUCGAGGAGCAAGGGCUAUGCCUGCCCUGCCCAAAACUCAGCCUGUAGCACUAGGCACGCUUGGUGUGUCAAACCUCAUGCUUGGAGCCCUAAGAGCUUUCUCUCUCUCUCUCCAGAAAAUGCUUCUGCCAAACGUCCCCCUUCCCUCUGUGCCCUGGCUUGGCAUGAAGCAGAGCUAAGAAUCGGGGUGGAAUGUUUCCUCAUAUGCUACGCUGCUCAAAGAGGCAACGGUCCCAAUCCCUGGUAGCGCUUUGUAUUUUUAGAUGAACAGAACUUCAUGUGGCAGCCUUACAAAUCUCCAUAAUUGAAACAUUUCUCAGGCAAUGAAUGACUUCAAUAGGGUCAAGUGUUUACCCUAUAAGUACAACUGUUUUAUAACUGUUUUUUCCUAACCAGAACGGUGUGUCAACUAUGUUGUGUGUCCAUACCUACCAAUCUGCCCACCUGUGGUUGUACCGGUACAUUCUGGGAAGAUCUGGACUGCUGUCCCAAUGCUUCAACAAGGGAUAGAGUGCUGAGAGGAUACGCUCCCAGAAGGAAGUGGGACAUGCAGCUCCUAGCAUGAGCGCUCUCACACAUACUCGUUGCUGACUCAGGGAUUAUCCUGUUAUCACUGUCCUGGUCUCCCGCAGAUUAUUUACCAGAAGUCGCUCAGGUGGUUUGCUUUGCUAGCAUGUAUAAUAGUACCUGACUGAGCACUUCAAAACCACUGUGGAAACCGUGGUAAAGAAGUGAUGCUGAGUUCAUGACAUAGGAUCUUACACAUUUCUUGGUUAGGUUUCUACAGGGGAGAUCAUACGCUCCUUGGGGCAAAGGCUCUGUCUUCCUAUACAUUUGUACAGCGCCAAGCACAACGGAGCUCUAAUUCUGACUGUAGCCCUCAGGCGCGAACGCCGUAUACAGAAUAAUACAGCAAUGAAGUAUGGCUCAUCAAUGCUGCUGGAAGUGGCCCCCUGGGUGGUGUUCAAGAACCCCUAUACGCUGUACUUGCCUUCUGAGAAGUCUUGGUGAGCCCAAGUCUGGACCCACACCAGGAGAACACCGGCACCAAGGUGAAGACCUAGUGAAUCCAGAUCCAGUAAGGUGCUGGGAGGAGAUCACAAACUACAGAGUGGUGUCACUUGUCUUCUUGUCAUGAUCCACAUUUCUGCCAGGUAACCCUGAAAUGAGCUGCACCAGACCCUGCUCUCCUUGCUGUUGGUAGGUUGGCAGGAGUUUAACAGAGGGCAGAGUUUGGGCCAUUGUU